AUGGGGGGCUGUGCAAUCCCUCCCAAUGCGAUCCCCCUCCCAUCCCAGCUGGGACCUCCAAAGCCAGAGCUGGCGCUGAUGCAAGAGGAGGCGGAGAGUGGAGAUAUUCCCAUCAUGCACCGCGAGAGCGCUGUCCGCGGUGCUGAAGAGCAUCCCUCGGCGGCGGCGGCGGCGGCGGCUGGCGAUCCCCCUCCCAUCCCAGCUGGGACCUCCAAAGCCAGAGCUGGCGCUGAUGCAAGAGGAGGCGGAGAGUGGAGAUAUUCCCAUCAUGCACCGCGAGAGCGCUGUCCGCGCCUCGCCUGGGGAUGGGGCCGUGAAGCAGCAGAAUCCCGCGAGGAGGAAGAGGGCCAUGACCAUGAUGAUGAGGAUGGAGGACAAGAAGAAGACCAGCCCCUUCCACCGGAGCUGCCCGGAGGGGGAGGCGGAGGAGGCGGAGGAGGAGGAGGCGCCGCGGCCUCUUCUUCCCAGCUGGAGGCCAAGAUCCAGGCGGCGGUGGAGUUCAAGGCGGAGGGCGCCCGCUGCUACAAGCAGAAGAAGUUCCGCGAGGCCAUCGGGAAGUACCACCGCGCCCUCAUGCAGCUCAAGGGCCUCCCGGGCGAAGGAGAGAAAGAGGGGCCGGCGGCGGGGGUGGCCGAGAAGAAGAAGGCCCUCCUGGGAGAGGAGCCCGCCCUGCCUUGGAGGAGGCUCUCCGAGGAGCAGCGGGCCCUGGUCGAGAGCACCGAGAUCGAGUGCUACAACAGCCUCACAGCUUGCCUGCUGCAGUCAGAGCUGGUGAACUAUGAGCGUGUGCGGGACUAUUGCCUCAAAGUCCUCGCCAAGGAGAAGAGUAACUUCAAAGCCAUGUACCGGGCCGGCAUUGCCUUCUACCAUCUUGGGGAUUACGACAACGCCUUGCUCUAUUUGAAAGAGGCCAAGAACCGCGAACCUACAGACACCAAUGUCCUGCGCUACAUCCAGCUAACCGAGAUCAAGAUCAGCCGCUGCAACCAGCGGGACAAGGAGGUGAUUGUGUAGCAGCGUUGGACCUGCCUUGCCAGAGCUCUUCCCCCGCCCUGCCCAACCCACACGUCAGUGACAGACAUAGCCUUCUACACAUGGUGCCAAUUGUGCCCGGAAUCCACCCGCUGCCCUCCAUGCUCCAGGAAGAUGCCAUCAGGUGCCCGCCAUGCCCUGGCAGAUGCCACAGCCAGAGAACUUCCAGCGGAGAGCAGCGCUGCCCUCCAAAGCCAGUAUGGCUCUUGGUCCUUUCGGCUGUGGGACGAGAUAAUGUAGCAUUUCGCCAGAACACUGUUGGGGUUGCUUAUUUUUUUUUAAUGAAAAAAAAAAGAUGAGAGUA